GAGUGGAGAUCUGGCAAAGUGAGUUUUCUAUGCUGGAUUUCGACAGAAGAUGUUUGAUUUGAAGAAAGACUGGAGCAUCUCCUUUGCAGGAUGCGGCUUCAUGGGGAUUUAUUAUGUUGGAGCCGUCAGCUGUAUCCUUGAACGGUUCCCCCGCUUCAUAUUGGGCGCCUCUAAAAUCUAUGGAUCUUCUGCAGGUGCUCUGACGGCUGCUAUUCUUACUUUGGGAAUACCCAUAGACAAAUGCUGUUCGGAUUUGAUGUUCAUGGCCAAAGAGGCGAGGAAGUACAGACUGGGGCCCCUGAACCCAGCAUACAACCUGAUGCAAAUCGUGCAGGACUCUCUGCUGGCAAACCUUCCAGAUGACGCCCAUGUUCGAGCCUCUGGUAAACUCUGUGUGUCCCUGACCAGAGUACCCGAUGGCAAAAAUUUAAUUGUGUCAGAGUUCAGCAGCAGAGAGGAGCUCAUUGAGGCCCUUAUAUGCAGCUGCUUUGUCCCUUUGUACUGUGGGGUUAUCCCACCCACCUACCGUGGAGUGCACUAUGUGGAUGGUGCUGUCAGUGACAACCUGCCUCGCUGCCAGCUGAAUAACACGGCCACGUUCUCUGCGUAUGCCGGCGAGAGUGACAUCUGUCCCCGAGGCAGCAUACUGAACUUCCAUGAGGUGCGCUUCAACAACGUCAGCAUCCAGGUCAACUCUGAGAAUGUGUACAGGGUGACCAGCACCUUCUUUCCACCAGCGCCGGAGGCAAUGGCUGAAAUCUGCCACAACGGAUACAUGGAUGCUCUUCACUUCCUGAAAGAUAACAAUCUGAUCAACAGAGAUUGCCCCCUGAGAAGUUUGGAGACACAAGCAUCCAAACCUGCUUGUUGUGCGCUGGAGAAGGAGCCAGCUAAUGCUGAAGAGUCUGAUAAGGACACGCAGCAGAGCGGAGCGAAACCUUCUCAAGAAGAUCACCAGUGGUUGGAUCCAAAGCUCAUAGAAAACCUCCCGAUUAGCAUUCAGAAGGUGCUGUGUGAGGCCUGUAGAGAGACACAUCCUGCUGCUGGUCUGUUGUCCCACAUGACCGGGUACCUACCAAAGAAAGUGACUUCUUACCUCCAGAAUCCUCGAACUCUGCCUGUUGAGUCAGCCCGUUCUCUAGCCCAGAGACUAGUGGGCUGGAUUCCAGAUGUACCGAAGGACUUGAGCUGGUUCUAUGGCAGGGUUGGAGACGGAAACAAGCAAGCACUGAAGGACAACAUGGGCAAGAGUGACAGUGAGUCACCGCUGCGCAGGUCUAAAAGCCUGCCAUCAGGUCUGAACCUGUGGAAUGAACGCAAAGAAGACAUAAAUUGUUCCCCAGUGAGUCCAGAUGCCACUCCUACCUCCAGCAAUAUCUUAACCUGGAAAACAUGCAGCACGUUGGAUUUGACUCCCCCUCCUACACCCCCCACCAGCACCAACUCCAAGUUUGAUGAAGCCACUGUGAAGUCACCACCGAGCGCAGGCGGAGGCUGGGCUUUGGGCAGAGCUGUGGGGUGGCUCCGAAAUAUUGCAUCUGAACAAACUUCAAACCUCAAGAAAACAGAUGAGUCAGCGUCCUUUACUGGAUUUAAGUAAAUCCAUUUUAACCUGAGUAGAAUGUUUUUGCAAACUUGAUGUUUUUUUCACAGUCACUGAGCCUUGGUGGGUUUUGACUGUUCAUCUAGCAGUUCUUACUCAGUUAUUUUGAAGUGGAAAAACAUGAAUAAAAUGCAUUUAUACUUUCAAA